CAGUAGCAGCGUUGCGCUUUCCUCCUGUGAGCAAGGUAUCCCAGACGUGAGAGCAAGACAGAAGUGAACAUGCUAUUCUCAGUUUCUGGAGAUAAACGUCACUCUACAGAUAAACACGAGUAGCCCAUGCCUGCAUCCAGAUCAGCACCCGCAGGUGUUGUAUUGCGACAUGUCGAUGGUUCUGUUUGCGUCGGUGGUGCGGGUGAGGGACGGCCUGCCCUUGUCCGCCUCCACAGACUAUGAGCAGGACAAGGGGCUUCAUGAGACCAAGAGACACCUCAAGGGCCUCUCCAAAAAACUCAGCCAGUUCCCGGACCGCUGCACUUUCAAGACCGGCCACUACAAUGUCAAUUUCACCAGCUCUCUGGGCGUGGGAUACCUGAUGGUGUGUACGGACACCUACCCCAACGUGCUGGCCUUCUGCUUCCUGGACGAGCUCCAGAGGGAGUUCAUAGUCACCUACGACACCAAGCGCAUCAACAGCGCCGUCAGACCUUACUCCUUCAUCGAGUUCGACAACUUCAUCCAGAAGACCAAGCAGCGCUACAACAGCCCCCGGUCGCUCUCUACCAAGAUCAACCUGGCCGACAUGCAGACGGAGAUCAAGCUGCGGCCGCCGUACCAGCUCUCCGCAGAGGAACUGGGAUCAGUCAACGGCUUCUCCCAGCACACGCCCUCCAAGUACAACGGCAUAGCCCCCCACCAGAUGCUGGAGCCGGUGACUCUGGCUGGCGUGGUGUCCUGCGUGCUGAGCCUGCUGUGUGCCGGCCUCAACCUGCUGCGGGGGGUCCACGCCAUAGAGAGCAUACUACAGAACGACGAUGAGGAUUUUAAUUACGUGAUUGCCUUCUUCCUGGGGACGGCGGCCUGUCUCUAUCAGUGUUACCUGUUUGCCUACUCCUCGGUGUGGCGGAACAUCAAGUCCUUCCUGGCGUUUGCCCUCAUCUGCCUGUGCAACAUGUACCUGUACGAGCUGCGCAACGUCUGGCAGAUCCUCUUCCACGUCACAGUGGGGGCCUUCAUCACGCUGCAGAUACGACUCAGGCUACCGCAGGGCAAAGCACCCGACUACAACGUCUGACCACACGCCAACACGCGUGCACACACACACACACACACGCACACACACACACACACACACACACACACACACACACGCACACACACCUUCAUCGCGUUGCAGAUAUGACUGAGGCUACCACAGGGCAAAGCACUCGACUUCAGCGUCUGACCACACACACACACACACACACACACACGCCUCCUCUCUCUCACACGCACACACACACACACACACACACACACACACACACACACACACACACACACACACACACACGCACACACACACACACACACACACACACACAGACACACACACACGCACACGCUCUGGGGUACCCUCGAGGCAGAACAGAGAGAAACUGUCCGAAAGACAAGAGGGAGACUUAUAAUUCUGCCAACCCCUGGGGCCAGUCUGGACUGGGCAUGGAAUCUACAAACCUGUAGAGCCUACUGGAGCUAAGGCUUAACGCUCAUCUAGCUAGACUAAUUAAGACCAUAGGGGGACGAAUCUGUAUGGUUUCACACACACACACGCACACACACACACACACACACACACACACACUACAACGGGCUGCCUGCAGGGUAAUUGUUUUUUUUAUAAGCAUGUGCAGCUUUCAGCUCUUGUCCAGAAUGAUGGACAGGCAGUAGAUUAAGAAGAGCUCUGUGUUAUGUGUCAACUAACAGUGGAGAGACAGCAGUCUAGUCCACCUGCUGCUACUGCUCGCUUACACAUCCGGUAACACAUCUGUUAGUAAGCGCCUGGUUGGUUAGUGACUGUUUAUAGAAAGUUUAAGUCACGCCUCUUCCAGUCAGGUCCAUACAACCCAGUGGUUCCUAGACUUUUCCUGCUGGGACCUCCUUUAUGACAUAGGAAUAUGUACCAAAUGCCAAACAUUUCCAUUAAUAUUGGUAAAACUAAAUACACUUACUAACCAUACAGGUGAAUAUUGUUUAAUUAUUUUUUAUUAUAUUGUUUUUGCUGUUGCAUUACUUUGGGGAAAUGCUGAACUUCAGCACUGAUCUCCAAAGAAUACUGAGGUGGAUUUCUCGAAACUAUGUUAGCUACUUUGUUGUUUGCGAUGCAAUUUCCCAUUGGCAACUACCCAAGUUGCUAACUGGCUUGCUAAUUAUGGUUUUGAGAAACGCACCCCAGGAUUGAGCAUCUUCAGCGAAAGGUUCUGGUAUCUAUUUUGUGUGUUUUUUGUAUUAGAGAUCAGUGCUCAGGUUCACAUGGAGUGUGACUUGAGCUGUCUAUGAUCAGACAGGUGCAGUUAGGCGUGAUGUGUUGGGUCCCCCAAGAGGUUGUGACCACGGUACAGUACAUGCAUGGAAUACGUACAGUACAUAUGCUGAAAAGGCAGAAGCAAUCAUCUGGCUGCUGUUUUAUAUUGUUAAAUUUUAAUUCACCUGUAAGUAGCUUUUGAUAGUUUUUUUUUGGAUGAAAACGAUUUGUGAUUUGUAUGACUUUGCUGACUGAAGAAAACGUCGAAUUUAUGCAAUUUACUGCUCUAGAACAUGGCUGUCUCAUCACCAUGGCUUCGUUCCGUUCCGUUGCCGUGGCCGACGGGACUCAACAUGGCUGUUAGAUAUUGUAUGGGGGUGGGAAAUGCAAACCUUGGACACCAGUCAGCGCGGGGGCCAACCAUCUAGAAGCACAUGAAGCAUUAGCCGUGACAUUUUCCACUUUAAUACGCGGCGUGUGUCAUCACAGCUGUCUCUGGCAUGCACAAACUCAUCCGCUGGGAUCACCUUCACAUAUGUUAAUGUUUAUUAAGCACGCAUACGCUUACAUGUGCAUAUAAACACACAUACACACACACACACACACACACACACAUCUGCAUAUAUACAUGUGUCCAUAUACACACGUACACUUAGAUCAGUUCCCACACACAUACACACACAGUAUUUGUGUAUAGACACACACACGUACAUGUGCAUAUAUACACACAUCCCUGUCGGUUCUGUCUCUCUUCUCCAGCUCUUUGAUGUCAUCCCCAGGUGCAGUCUGAUGGAUCGGGCUUUGCCUUGCUAGUUGCUGCAACUCCGCUCUUAUUUAAUAGGGCAGAUCGCCCUACCCUGCUCUGCUCUGCUCUGAUCAAGGCACCUUUCUUUUUUUAAUGAUGUUUGGGGCAGGCGUAAAAGGCUCAGAGACUGGCUGUCCGCUGACACACUGUUGAUACACCUCGGACUCUCUUUGUAUUAUUUAUGUCUGUCUUUUUUUUUUGGUUGGUUUUGUUUAUCCAUCCAGUUUGAUGAUUUGUUUUUGUCUUGGUGAACUGGAGGAUUGAGGCUCAUCUCAUGUGAAUAUUGUAUACUGCCUGUUCAAGAACGAGCUUGGGAACAUAAAGGGCAGAAGCCUAUGAACUUUC